GCUGGAUUCUUCCUCACCACUCCAAAAUUUCCAGCGGUGCUUCAGUUUGUUUCUGUCCAGUGUCGAACAGUUGUCGGGGCGGUGGGCUCGUCGAGUCUCGUCAAUUCGUUUCUUCGUAACAUUUCACCAGCUGUGGAGCGGCCGAAGGGUUCUCGUUUUACAAGUUCUCCGGCUCCUUUGGGCUCGUCUCGUUUCGCUUGUCGCCCGGCGCGAGUUAUGAAAAUAGUCGAAAACAAUUUUAUCUAAAGCGGACAAAAAUGGGAGUCGGUCUUCAGCCUUUGGAGUUCACGGAGUGCAUCGCGGACAGCCCUCAUUUCAGGGAAAAGCUCCACGCACAUGAAAAGGAACUGGAGGAGACGAGCCAACAGAUGAAAAAGCUGGUCAAGGAGCUCAAGGAUUUACUCAACGCUGCAAAAAAUUUGUCAAGAGCUCAGAGAGCACUUUCGGUCACGCUGCAAACUUUCAGGUUUGAGUGUAUAGGGACUUCACAAACAGACGACGAAUUAGUGAUAUCUAAGUCAUUAGCAGAAUUCGGCAGGCUGAUAGAAGCGAUAGAAGACGAACGGGCUAAAAUGAUGGAAAAGACCCAUGAGCAAAUCAUAAUUCCCCUGGAAAAUUUCAGGAAGCAGCACAUAGGUGGUGUCAAGGAGGGGAAAAAGAAGUUUGAAAAACAGACUGCCAAGUUUUGCCAAAGCCAGGAAAGGUACCUCAGUCUUUCUACCAAAAAACAAGACACAUUCCUUCAAGAGGCAGAUGCUACGCUGGAGAUGGAGCAGCGUCACUUCUAUCAAGCCAGUCUACAAUAUGUCUUCCUUCUCCAAGAAGUUCAAGAGAGGAAGAAAUUCGAAUUCGUUGAGAUUCUCUUAACUUUGAUGCUAGGGUGGCUUACAUUCUACCAUCAGGGUCAUGAUGCUGCUGGAGAUUAUAGACCAUACAUGACAGAGCUACAACUAAGGAUACAAAAAACAAGGGAAAAUUUUAAUGCAACAAGAGAUAAAACAGAAUCUCUAAUGAAGAAAACAUUAGAAAUGAGGCAGACAAAGACGGUUGAUGCCGGGAGUACGCAGACAAACAGCCGUGAGGGUUACCUGUUCCUAAUGGAAAAAAAAGCAUUCGGGACAACCACCUGGACCAAGCAAUAUUGUACAUACCAAAAAGACACUAAAGAAUUCUGUAUGAUCCCUUACAACCAAAUGUCAGGCAAAUUUAAUGCUGCGGAAAAAAUGAUUUUGGCAUCCUGUGUUAGGCGAAUGUCAGAUUCAAUUGAGAAGAGGUUCUGUUUUGAUCUCACACCAUCUGAUAGAGCUGGAGUAGUUUAUACAUUGCAAGCUCUUUCUGAAGAAGAUCGUAAACAGUGGAUGGAUGUAAUGGACGGGAAAGAACCGAUGUAUAGUGUGCCAGGUGGAAUAAAACCCGUUAACAAGACUGAGGAUCGUGUGUUAGAUGAACUAGGUUUUAAUUUUGUAACAAGAUGUAUAGAAGUUUUGGAUGAAAGAGGGUUGGAAGAACAAGGGCUUUAUAGAGUCGUGGGCGUAACUUCAAAAGUGACAAGACUAUUGCAACUGGCACUCGACAAAAAGAAAACGGACAAAUUGUUCGAAGACAACAGUGAAUGGGAAACAAAAACUAUCACUUCAGCUCUUAAAACAUAUUUGAGGAGUUUGUCUGAACCAAUCAUGACUUUUAAAUUCCACAACAGUUUUAUAAAUGCUGCAAAGCUAGAGACACAAGCGAAAAGAGUAAAUGAAGUCCAUUCUUUGGUUCAUAGACUACCAAAACCUAAUUAUGAUAUGCUAGAAAUAUUAAUAAGGCAUCUAAGUCAUGUAGCUGCUCAUUCCGAUAAGAAUUUAAUGACUGUAAGCAACCUAGGAGUUUGUUUUGGACCUACAUUACUUCGUCCUGAAGAAGAAACAGUAGCGGCUAUUAUGGAUAUAAAAUUUUGCAACGUAGUGGUAGAAAUUCUAAUAGAAAAUUAUAAUAAGAUAUUCAAAACACCAUAUACCGAGUCAAAUUUACAACCCCAUUCUAUAACUGUUGAUUCUCCUCCUCGUCAACAAUCCCAGCCUAUUCCAAGAAAACCAGCGUCGGCAGGGACUGCUCACGUGAGACCAUUUUACGAUGUUGGUGGAAACCUAAGCAAUUCUUUACAUAAUGUAGCUACACGAAAUGCUGUGCCUAGAGGGCAGUUUCAAGGUUUCCAACCAGGAAGAAGAGGCAGUUUUGGUAGAGUUGCUAAUGCUGUUGCUGCAUAUUCCGAAGGAAAUCUCCAUCUGAUAUCUUCAGCACAUCAGACCCACCCCAUUUAUGCCAGUCCACCUACAACCAAGCAUAAUAUAUUACCACCAGCUAUUUUAAAUUCAGAUCAAUUAAACAGUACGAGUAGCUCAAAUGAAAGUGUUUCUUCAUUGUGCUCUAGAGACUUGAGUAAUCAUAAUUAUGGUACUCCCCAGAAACGAAAUUCAACUCAUGCUCCAGAAAUCUCCACAACCUACCAGUCUCGAAUGCAAUAUCAAACUGGGCGUGUUCGGACGUUGUAUGCUUGCUUAGGUGAAAAUGAUGGAGAGCUCUCUUUUGAGCCAAAUCAAAUAAUUACCAAUGUACGAUCGUCUGUGGAGCCAGGUUGGCUUGAGGGGACCUUGAACGGUAAAAGUGGUCUCGUUCCAGAAAAUUAUGUCGAACCUCUCCUGUAAUAUAUUUCUGGGUGUAGGCAAUGUUUUUAAAAUCUUAUAACUAACAUAUCUCAUCAGACUGAUUAACAUUACAUUAUGUAAACUAAGCAGUUUGGAAAUUGUUAGGUUAUAGAUAUCAGCUAACAGCUGAACAUUUAUCGCAGUCCAUUUAUUUAAUUCCAUGAACAGGUAUUUGGUGGGAUACAUUAUUUUCUACAGGGUAUUUUACUUUUCAACCUUAAAUUAGCUUUGCAUUGAAAACAUAACAACAAUUUAUUUGUGAGAAGAGAGAAAGUCCAUUUAUUAAAGUUAUUAAUUUUUUAAAAAAAUUCAUUUUUAAAUCAUGCAAUAAUUUUAUAAUUUUUCAAUAUACGGAUUAAUUGUAUUUAAGUCAGAAGAUAGUUGUAGAUUAAAUGUAAUAACUGUCCUUCCCUGGUGUUGUGGAUGAAGAGGGAGGAUCGGCCAUUGAGAAAUAUACACAUUAUACAUAAUGUAAUAUAAUAAUUGGAGAAUAACCGUAUAGUUUCAUACUAGUCAGAGUGAUGUCUAUGUAUACAAUUUGUUUGAUUGUUUAUGCAAAGGAGUGGCUGGCAAAAAUUGAAGCCACUUGAAUUGUAAAGGUGUCAGUGUUCUCCUUUAAUCAGUGUAAUGUUAUAAUUGUGUAGUAAAAUGUGUCCGACGUUCACUCGUUCACAUUCUCCAUUGAUACCGACAAGAAAAUGUAGUUUCACCAUUAGAGUCAACAAGAAAAGUUACUUUAUAAUUAGUAAUUUUUAACAAAUGUUCAUUUAGUCAACUGUAGCACAAUAAAUGUCUCUUCCAUUUGAUAAAUUAAUUAUUAUUAUAGUAAUAAUUAUAUUGAUCAUUUUUCCCAUGUGAUGUGGUACUUAAAGAACAUAAAUCAAUCAUUUUUUUUUUAAAUAAUACAUUUAAAUAUAUGGAAUUUAUGCCAUAUUAUGAGAUUUCCUCUUGUGGGUGAUAAACAUUAUUGUUAUUUAUCAUUGUGGUUGCCCAUCCUCACUGAUUUUUUAUUGGUUCAGACGUGUUUCGGCAUUUCACCACCUUCAGUGUUUGGGUGAUUUUUUUGGAGGGAAGUAUAUAGAUUAUAACAUUCAAAAAGACCUCAACUUAAUCCAUGAAACACAACAACAAAGAACACUAUACCUACACAGCCUCUCCCGCUGUACAAAAAUCACCCAAACACUGAAGAUGGCAAAAUGCUGAAAUGCGUCUGAACCAACAAAAUUCAGCUGGGAUAGGCAGGCCAAGAUGAUAUGUAACUAUCAAACAAUAGAUUUACCCUAUCGAUUGUUUUGUUUUAUGAUUAAAAUAAACAAAUCAAAAUAAAAUAUC